AAUUAUACUUUUACACAAUUAAACGUGUUUAAUUGCCAUUUUUUUUAGUACAGUAAUAUGAUAAAUGUAUUGCAUAGAUUUAAUAAAUAUAUUAUUAGCUGAUAACUUUUGUAAAGCAUCACUUUUUCCGUUGAUAUUUUUCUGUCAGAUGGAAUAAAUGACAAUCACUGUAGGCAAAGAUAGAUGUUUUGGCGCGAUAUUAUUUAAAAGUAGUUUGAUAUCAUUUCUACAUAAUAAUUUAUAUAAACAUGGAAACGUAUAAAAUCAUACAAAAUAUUAUUAAUAGUGAAAAUGAUUGUGAAGCAAAUAAUGAAUCUGCAAGUGAGUUGAAAAACAAAUUGAAAAAACAAACAGAACAAUUAAAGUCUAUUAUCUAUGAAAUGGAAUGCAGUUUAGGUGUAACAAGAUUUUCAAAUGCUAACUGUAUCAUUGAUUCGCAAACACCUAAAAGUACAACCUCUGGUAAAAUUCCAAAUGUUGAUAUAAAAUUAAAAUCUGAAUUAUAUAAAUAUUCUGGUUUUUAUUGUACUAAAUGUACGAAACAUGAAUAUGUAUUCCACUUUUCAUCCUCAAAUCAUUAUGAUAAAAAAAAUAAUUUUGGUGUACAAUUGUUCAAGAAAAGAGAUAAAGUUACAUUGGGAAAAUGGGUAAUGCCAAUGCCAAUUAAUCUAAGUGCCUUGAUGUCAGAGUUGUCUAUUAAUCAUGUAGCUCAUGUACCUAAUUUUUUAAAAAAAUGUAAAUAUUAUAUUGAUUGCUAUUUUAUACGACAUAAACAAUUUAGUGUAUUGAUGGAUACUGUUUCUCGUAUAAAAAAUUGUAAGUUGCAAUCAAAUGAUGGAUGUACACAAGUUAUUUUAGAAUUAUUAGGAGUGCAUGAUAAACCAAAUGAUGAGUAUAUGCAUAUAAUUUUAUACCUUAUAUAUCAUAUUGAUACAAUAAAGCCAUACAAAAUCAUAGUGGAUUCAAAAGAGACACUAAGUCCAACGUCAAAAAAAUAUUUGAAGGCAUCUGUAAAUUGUUUCAAACAGUUUGAUUUACAUAUAGCAUUUGAGAAAAUAUUAAAGAAAGAACCAUUUGUAUGGUCAAGAGAGGAAGAUGAAGAUAGCCCAUUGGAUAUGAAUAAUUCAUGGGAUUCAAGUAGUGAAGGAUACUUGACAGGGCUUUUAUCAUCGAAUGAGAAAUCUUUAGAACUUUCAAAAAGGAAAAGAAAAAUAAAAAAGAAAGAGAAAACAAUAAAAAGAAAAAAAACUUUGAAUCCUUCAUAUUCAGCUAGCACCUCUAUAGCUAAUGCAAAUUCUAUUUCGUUUCAAAAAGAAGCAGAAGAAGAAGAGGAAAAAGAAGAAGAAGAAUUUAAAAAUGGAAAGACACAUUCUUUAAGUAAAAGGGAUAGUAAUGUUACAGAAUUAACACCACCUGUUAAUAAAUUAAACCAAAAGAAAUUAAAGCAACGAAAAUUAGUAUUUAAUAAUGAUAAAUUAUAUUUAAGUAAAAAAAAUGAUGUUGCAUCUUCUGAAAUAACACCAACCAAAAAGAAAAUGGUACACAAAAUAAAAAAUAAGCCAGUUACUAGUACUCCAGUACAUCGUAAUAGACUAAGUACUAAUUUGCCUACUUCAAGCAGUACUGACAUUAGUGAUAUCACAGUUAACCAAGACAAUUUACAAAAUAUGGAAAAUAACAUUAAUAUUAAGUCUCCUAAAAGUAGUAAGCUUAAGAAAGGAAAACAAUCCCAGAAUAAUAUGCCCACAAAAUUAUUACGAGAUAGAAUUAAGAAGAAUAUAAAAUCUUCAAAAUCAAAGGUUUUAAAAUAAAAUUUAUUUCGUAAGAAAAAUAUCAGAAGCAUGUGAAGUACAAGUAUUUAAUAAAAUUAUCAAUAAUGCACCUAAUGAUUUGUAUGUCAUACACCAAUGUUCAUUUAUGUUUUGUACAAAUAAAGUUUGUAAUUUAA